UCUUUCCCCUUACAUUUGCUUUGCCCUUCCAUAUCCUUAAUAGCCCCUUGUGACUUUCACAAACCCCCAUUCCGGGUCCCCUCCCCAUGCCAGAGUCCACAGGAGAGUAAACAUGCUGUACCUGACUUUAUGAGCCUGCUUUUUCUGUUCAUCUAUUGAUGGGCAUGUAGGCGGAUUCCUUAACUUGGCUGUUGUAAGUUGUGCUACAAUAAACAUGAGUCUGCAAGUGUCUCCAUGAUGUGGCCAGCAUUGUUCCUGUCUCCUUCGCCUCCCAGAAUGACUAGUGCUUGAGACUACAAUCCUGAAUGGUUUGCUUAAGUUCACUCCCUCCUCUGAGAACAGGAAGUCAAAAGGUGAGUGACAGAGCCACCUGCUGCUCUCUCCUUUGCAUAGGUCUAACAGGAGCCUGGGUGAGCUCCUUGGAUGGCUGGUGAACAGGAGCACCUUAUCUAUCUGGGAGGUACGAAGGCAAAGGUUGUACUGUUAAUUUGCACCUCAACACAACCAACCUUAACCUUCACUCCACAUCACUCACGGCGUUGGAGAAAGCUCUCCUAAGCAGCCAAGAAGGUACCAAAGAGAACCCACUGCCCUCCUCUGCUGGGCAAGGCUUGAUGGUCCUCGCCUGUGAAGAUGACUUCCUGGCAGAGGCUCUGCUGGCACUAUCGCCUGUGGACCCUGGGUUGCUACAUGCUACUGGCCAUCCUUGCCCUGAAACUGUCCCUCAGACUGAAGUGUGACUUCGAUGCCAUGGAUCUGGACUCUGAGGAAUUUCAAAGCCAGUACUGCAGGGAUCUCCUGUACAAGACCCUGAAGCUGCCAGCCAAGAGUUCCAUCAACUGCUCAGGGGUCAUUCGAGGGGAGCAGAAAGCGGUGACCCAGGCUCUGCUGAAUAACCUGGAAAUUAAGAAGAAGCAGCAGCUCUUCACAGAGGCCGACUACCUUAGGAUGACAGCAGACUGUGAGCACUUCAAGACCAAGAGGAAGUUUAUACAGGUCCCACUGAGCAAGGAAGAGGCCAGCUUCCCCAUUGCGUACUCCAUGGUGGUGCAUGAGAAGAUUGAGAACUUCGAAAGGUUGCUGCGAGCUGUGUACACCCCUCAGAAUGUAUACUGUGUCCACAUGGAUCAGAAGUCUUCAGAACCCUUUAAGCAGGCAGUCAGGGCCAUCGUGUCAUGCUUCCCCAAUGUCUUCAUAGCUAGUAAGUUGGUGUCAGUGGUCUAUGCUUCCUGGUCCAGGGUGCAGGCUGACCUAAACUGCAUGGAAGACUUGCUUCAGAGCCCCGUGCCAUGGAAAUACCUCCUGAACACCUGUGGGACAGACUUUCCCAUCAAAACCAAUGCUGAGAUGGUCAAGGCCCUCAAGCUAUUGAAAGGGCAGAACAGUAUGGAGUCAGAGGUACCACCUCCACAUAAAAAAUCCCGCUGGAAAUAUCACUAUGAGGUGACAGACACAUUGCACAUGACCAGCAAGAGGAAGACGCCGCCACCUAAUAACCUAACCAUGUUCACUGGGAAUGCCUACAUGGUGGCUUCUCGAGACUUCAUUGAACACGUGUUCAGUAACUCAAAAGCCCGGCAACUGAUCGAGUGGGUAAAAGACACCUAUAGUCCCGAUGAGCACCUUUGGGCCACCCUCCAGCGUGCCUCGUGGAUGCCUGGAUCAGAUCCCUUGCAUCGAAAAUUUGACCUGUCAGACAUGAGAGCCAUUGCGAGACUAACCAAGUGGUACGACCAUGAGGGAGACAUUGAGAACGGGGCACCUUACACGUCUUGCUCAGGAAUCCACCAGCGGGCUGUCUGUGUUUAUGGGUCAGGGGACCUGCACUGGAUACUUCAGAACCAUCACCUCUUGGCCAACAAGUUUGACCCAAAGGUGGAUGAUAAUGUUCUUCAGUGUUUAGAAGAAUAUUUACGUCACAAAGCCAUCUAUGGGACUGAACUAUGAGACACUGUAAGACUAUUGUUACCUGUGUGGCAAGAAAAUGCCAGGACCUACUGGGGCAGUGUGGGGUAGAUAGCUGGGGCUCUAGACUCCAUGUGUCCCUUAGGAUGAGGGGGCUGCUAUUGGACAGCGGGUAAGUAGACCUCUGCUCCUUGUGAGCUGUCGCUGGUGAAGGUGGCUAUUCUCCAGCUCCCUCCCCAACUUCUUUGGCUUCCUCGCAGAGCUAGAACAUGAAAUACUGUUACUUGGGAUAAUAAGGGAGGGGACAUGUGACCAGGGACCCUGGAUUUUGGCUGAAGACUUCCUGUCAGGUUCUCUACAGAGACUUUGUUUCAAAUACCUCUGGGGGGUUGGUCUUGGGUGGGGAACUUUAGUGCAAAGAGCCCCCCUCUUUUAUAUUGUUAAUUUAACAUAAAGAGCUUCUAAACCAAAGCCCUGCCCCUCCAGUGUCAUCUGUGAAUCCAGAAAUAAUGUAAGCAGGAAAAAUAUGUGAGGCAUUACUCGUGUGCUGAGGACAGUUAGUGUCUGGUGGCUGGGAAGAAGUCUCCGUAGCAAGCCGAGUAGAAGGCAAACCGAAUCACAGAGCUAAUUCUCUGUUACUGAAAGCCUUCCUAGUCUUGCUUUCCUUGGUAGAUUCUGAAUUUUCCAUGAGGGGAAGAACAGAGUGAUUGGACUGGUUUGCUGAGUAUGUGCUUAGCUUCACGGCCAAAGCUCAGCAUCCCGUGCCCAGCAGCCAAUCUUACUGGAGCUUAGUUUGGUUGGGGGUAGAGGUGGCGCUGUUAAUCAUUAGGUCCGGGAGUGAAAGGAAACGGUUUUGCUAACCUAAGAUGCCUGAGAAUUCUGUUUAAACCUCUUGAAUGAAAGCUUCUUUAUUUCAUUGUGUGAAUAUCAGUCUCGCUGUUUGCCACUUUGUAGAUUGUGCCAUUUCCCUGUGGGGACACAGUAAGGUGUGUAAAUACAUAUGCACAAAUGCUAAACUAUGUACAUUUACAGGCACACACUCCCCAGUGAAAUCACCUCUUCUCUGAAAACCCAGAGCUAAUUUUUGGCCUGUAUGCAUUCCAGUCUGUAAGGAGCAAGGGGCGCUAAAAGCAGAACCUUUGACUAUGGUUUAGCUGGCUUCCUGUGUCUAUGUCCCCGAAGAGGGGGUUAUGUACGAAUUAACUUGUGUAAUUUGAAUGAGGCUCCCAUCAAUGUGUUAGAAUGCUAACAGGUUUCUCCGUUUCAAUUCUUGAUCCAGUUAAGAUUUUCUCUCUACAGUCAACUUUUAUUGUAGCCUUGUCCCUUUAACAGUUACUGUGUGAUGGGAAUGUCUUUUUUUUUUUUUUUUUCUUUUUGAUUUCCGGGCAGGGUUUCACCCAUAUAGCUCUGGCUGUCCUGGAACUCUGUAGACAGGCCUGGCUUCCAACUCAGAGAUCCACCUGCCUCUGCCUCCUCAGUGCUGGGAUUAAAGAGAUGCACCACCAUGCCUAGUGGAAUUUCUAUUUCAAAGUAAGCAACUUCCUUUUUUUUUUUUUUUUUUUUUUAAGAUUGGCUUCUGUGGGUAAUGGGCAUUGUCACCACAAACUUACCCAACACAGCAAUAUUGAGUCCUUGCCCGCAACCUUACCUCAGAGGUGACAGUGCCAUGAAAUCAGAAGUCUUCAGAACCCUUCAGCCAGCAGCUGUGACUAUUCCUGGCCCUUCCCUCAGGAGGAAAGAAGAGGGGCUGCUGGCCUGUGGGAUGUGUGUAGAAACACCUCCUUAAAGACAUAUAUCCUGAGAAAAGAAGCCAGAUUCUUCAUGGUCAAGUUUUCCCCAAAGCUUUUGUAAUAAACUGAGCAGUAGCUUUCCAUAGAAAAGCUAUCGGGUUGUGGCUCUGUUAGGUUUUGGGAAUUUUCCCAACCAUUAAAAAAAUUUUUUUUUCUAGAAAAUGUGUUGGGUGGAUGAAAGUAGUUUGUUCAAUAGCAUGAGGUCAUCCAAUCAGAAGGAUCACGCUUCGCCUGGUUUGUUUAGUGUACAUUCAAGGUCACAUAGGCAACCCAGCACAUCUGUUCAUCUUUCCCUUUUGAGGCUUCUCUGUUUCAUUAACCCUUCUCUGGAAAGGAAAAGUCCCGGAAACAAAGCAAGCUGUUACACUUGGCCCACCUUCCAAGGCUUAAGUUUCCUCCUUAUUUUGAUGCAUGGCCAUCACUGAACUGUACUUUAUUUUAUUUUUUUGCUGCUCAUUCUAUCUGUUCUUGGUUUAGUGAACGUUUACUAAGAAAAGAAAAAGCAGUUGUUAACUGUGGGGCAUAUAAUUCAGAUGAAGAGGUCAGAUACACUGUUUAAAAAUGGAGAGACUAAUAUCUUGUCUGCCUUAAAACGCCUUCACUGACCAAACCAAAGGUCUAUCCUUAUGUAUCUCGCUCAUUUGGAAUUUAUUGCAAAGGUAGAAUAAGAAAUGAUUGUUCAUCAGUCUUGAUGUGCUGACAACUAAUAAAACAAUUCAUUCCACACA